AUGAGUAAGAAUCGAUCAUUUAAAUUAGAACCGAUAAAUAAAGAAAAAUCUCCAGCAGAUAUUUUUAACGAACUAAAUAUUCGUUAUCGUGUAUGUUUCAAAUUCGCCCGAAAAAGUGAUGAGGAACAAGAUAUUUGUAUAUGUAACAAUUCAUUAACAAGUCAUAAAGAUAAAAGUGAUUCUAAAUCAAAAGAUGCUGUAUGGACUAUGGAGCAAAAUACUAAGGAAAAAAUAGAGCCUGCUCACGGUAUACUUCCGAAUGGUGCAUUGUUUUUGCGACUUGCUUUGGAUACAUCGGUAGCAAAAGUUGGAAAACUUCUUUUUGAUGUAUGGAAGAUUCCACAACCUCGAUUAAUUAUGUCAAUUAUUGGAGGUGCAAAAUAUUUUACAUUAAGUGAUCGACUUGAAACAAAUUUUAUUAAUGGUAUUAUCGAAGUUGCACUUAAAUCCGAUGCAUGGUUAAUUACAAAUGGAUAUAAUGUUGGUAUUGUUCAACUUGUUGGACAAGCAAUUAAUAAAGUUAAAUUAACAAAAUUAGAUCAACAUAUUACAGCUAUUGGAGUUUGUAAAUGGGGAAGUAUAAAAGAUGUAGAAACUAUUACAGGGUCAGAUAAGGAAAAUAAUCAGAAACAAACGGACAAACGUAAUAAAGAGUCGGAUGAUAGUACAGAAAAAAAACGUGAAAGUGGUCAACGUGAUCUAGAAAUGAAUCAUAGUCAUUAUUUAAUGUUAGAUGAUGGAAGAUUUCGAUUCUAUGAUAUAAAAGAUUACCGAACACAAUUAUGUGUUCACCUAGCAAAGUUACAACAUGAAACUGAUUUUCCUCUUCCUGUUGUUACUAUUGUGGUUGAAGGUGGCAGAGAUACCAUAACAAAUAUAUAUUAUGAUUUACGUGAGAAUAUCCCUGUUGUUAUUAUUGAUGGUAGUGGUCGUGUUGCUGACUUUUUCAAACGUUGGUUAUUAUAUACAAAAGAAUUUGAUGAGGCUAGUAAAUAUCCUCAAUAUCCAUAUGAAAUUGGUGAAAUUGAUAAAAUAACUCCAGUUACAACUUUUUCACCGACAAAUAAUAAUCCACGUAGUUCAAGAAUAAGUACUCAUACAUAUUCUGAACUUCAACUUGAUGCAUCUCGCAAUACGCUUAAAGGAUUAUUUGAAAAAUAUGAUGAACGACUUAGAAAAGAUCUUGAUCUACUUAUAUCACAUAAUGAUGAAUCUAGUAAACGAAAGAAGACAGGUCCUACAUCAAACAACAAUAAUUCAAAAGGUGCAAAAUCAAAUCAUUUAGAUGCAACACUUCGACAAGUUAUGUAUUGUCUUCAACCUGCUGUUCGUUCUGGUAUAGCUGUAUUUAAUUUAAAUUCAGGGGAUAAUUUAUCCGAGACAAUUUUUCGUACUGUUUGUAAAUCACGUCAAAAAUAUUUUGAAAGAAAAGAAAGUGAACAAAAUGAUGCAAUAGAAAUACUUCAUCGAAAAUCUAAACCAUCACAAACUCCACAUGUUAAACAACAUCAUUCAGAUUCACGACAAAAUGUUAAUAGAAGAGAUCAAAAUGCACAACGAUCCCAGUUAUUACAAUUAGCUAUGGAUUGGGAUUGUAUUGAUGUUGCAAAAGAAUUAAUUCUUCAAAAUUCAUUAGAUAAUAUUCUAAAUAAAGAAGAAGCUUUUUUGAAUGCUUUAACACGAGAUUUACCAGAAUUUGUUUAUGAAUUUAUUAAAUUGGGUAUUGAUCUAGGUAAAAUAUUCUUUGAAAAUGAUACAUUCUUUCGCUCAAAAAAUCGAUAUAAAAAAUUUCUUCAACGUUUGUACAAUAAUGAAGCUGUGAAUAGUGAUACAACUCAAUUAAGUGCAUUUAUUGAAUCGGACGAUGUUGUUGGAAAAAACAUUCGUACAAUUGAUGAGCUAAAUGAUGUUCUUGCUACAUUGAUUGGUGAUUAUAUGAAUAAAUUAUACUUUAAUUCAAAUGAGAAUGAGGCUGAAUAUCGCUCAUCAUGGGGUUUAAUGGUACAAAUUCAAACAAAUCCUCGAAAUUUUGACCCACACGAUAAAACAAAUAAAGAAAUAGUUUUUGAUUAUAUAAUGCGAGAUUUAUUUAUAUGGGCAAUACUUAUGAAUCAUACUGAAAUGGCUCAAGUCCUUCUGAGUCAUAUGAAAUAUCGAAUAUGUGCUGCAUUGAUUGCAACAAAAAUAUUAAAACAAUACUUCCGUACAGCUUCAUAUGGUGAUUUAAAAGAUAGUUACGAGAAAAAUGCAAAAUAUUUUGAAGAAUAUGCUAUUGCAUGUAUUAAACAAUGUGAAAAAUAUAAUACUGAUCAAGCAUGUCAAAUUGUUUUACAACGAAUAGAACUAUAUGGAAAUGUGACUUGUCUUCAAGUUGCUGCUGAUGCAAAAGAUAAACUAUUUAUUGCGACUCCAUGUUGUGUUCAAGCUAUGAAUAAUAUAUGGUAUAAUAAUAUUCAUCCCAAACAAUCAAAUAAACGAAGUGAAAUAGCAAUGUCUAUUGGAGUUCUUUCACUCGGUCUUCUGGCACCAUUUUGUGUCACUUAUCGAGAUCCUCCACGGAUAGUAAACAAUGAAGAACCUGAACGAUCUUUGCAACCUUAUGGUAUACAUUAUUCCGAUCCAUAUCCGAUUGCAUUUCCUCGUUAUACUAAAAUUCUUCCAAUAAAUAAUUAUCUGCAUCGUAUAAAAAAUUUCCAUCAAGCUUUACGUAUGAAAUAUUGUUAUCAUUGUUUAAAUUAUUGUUUUUUCCUACUGCUUUUUUCUUAUGUACUUUUAUUUAAUUUUCAACCACCAACUUCUUCAAUACCGUCUAUUCAUUGGACUGAAAUUCUAACAAUUAUACUUGUUUCAAGUAUGUUAAUUGAAGAAAUUCACUAUUUUGCUAGCCUAGAUAGUAGGAAAUUAUCUGGGAAAUUCAAAAGUUAUUUUGGGAACUUAUUUAAAAUUAUGACUCUUGUUGGAUUUGUACUUUUUUAUAUUGGAUUAAUUCUACGAUUUACUCAUGCAGGUGAUGAGUAUGAAUUUGUCUCAGCUAGGGUAGUAUGGGCUGUUGAUGUUGAACUUUGGUGGCUUCGCUCUUUAGCAUUUAUUAUUGUUGUACCAUCUCUUGGACCUCAUUUGGUGGCUAUUGGAAAGAUGCUUAAAGAUCUUUUAUUCUUUCUGUGUAUAAUUGCUAUUGUUAUGGCUGGUUAUGGUGUUGCUUCUCGUUCAAUGGUUUAUUAUCCAAAUGCAAAUUUAUUCAAUGAGACUAGUACAGAUAUAUCGUUUGAUGGUAGAAGUAUUUUUCGUCAAAUUGUAUAUCCAGUAUAUUAUUUAAUGUAUGGAGAAUUUGGCAAGGAACUCGAUAAUCUUGACGUCGAUGUCGAUGCUGCAUGGUCAAUUGCUACGCAUGUAUUACUUGCUAUUCAUAUGCUUUUUGUGAAUAUAUUACUUACUAAUCUUCUAAUUGCUAUGUUUAGUAAACGAUUUGAUCAAGUUUAUGAUGAUACAAAAAAUAUUUGGCAUUCUCAACAAUAUUUAUUCACACGAGAAUAUUAUACACGUUCACCAUUUUUACCACCUAUAAGUCUUUUUUAUGAUAUUUAUGGUUUAUGUCGCAUAGCGUUUUAUGCUGUAAGACGAAGAUGUUUUAAAAAACCAGCAGAUGGUAAAGCAACAGUAUUUAAAAUGAUUCCAAUCAAUAAAAAUCGUAUAAAAGAAUGGUAUGAAUUUGAAGGUGCAUCAACAUAUGAAUAUGCACAUAUAGAAGCAAAAUCAUUAACAACAACAUCAACAGUAUCAACGAGUGGAUCAGAUUCUACUAGUAAUGAAAACAAAGAUGAUACAAAUGAUAAUGCAAAUGAUUCAAAUAAUUCAAAUAGUGAUAUUCGACUAGUACAAGAUGAUUUAGCAAAAGUAAAUCAAUCAAUUGAUGAAUUGAAAGCACAAAUACAAAUACUAAUUGAUGCAACAGUUACUUAA